CCGAGCGAGUGAGCGAGCGAGCGCCUGUCAACCGGGCGGCUGUCCUUGUUUCGAGCGGAACGAGUGCGUGCACCACACCGAGAUUUCUGCGUUCAAUAGCCUCGAGGCCAUGAAGACCCCGCCGGCCGCGCACCUGGCGCUGGUUCUUCUGUCUUGCGUUGUAUGGAUGUUGUACACCUGCGCAGACGGAUCAACCAAUUCUGGGCCAACAUGUGACAACGGAUGGACUCUUCACGGCUCCCACUGCUACAAGAAGGCCGGGACAACCAACGGUUGGCAGGGGGCUCGGUACGACUGCGCCUUAGAGGGCGGCGACCUUGUUUCCAUCAAUGACGAGACCGCGGAAGAGUUUGUGAAGAGGCAAAUGGGCGACAAGCCCUUCUGGAUCGGACUCUCCAAUCUGAACUGCGAUGAGGAUUGGUGUGGAUUUUUCGGAACAACGGAGCUGACUUGGUCCAACACCAGUAUGACGCUGGCCUACACCAAUUGGAACACGCGUCAAAGUGCAAGCUCCGACGUUGAGUCCUGCGCCUACGUCAACCAAGGUGUGCGGUCCUACGGUGAGCCUGGCAAGUGGAGACAUGGCUCGUGCCAAUCCUCCUUGGCGUACAUGUGCGAGCGGCCGCUCGACGCCUGCUCGAAUGGACGUACCUGUUCCCACAAAGAAUCUGCUUCCAUUUACUAUCAACUGGAGACUUCCUUCUGUGACUCUGGCCACUUCCUGUACAAGGACUCGUGUUACCAUUUUGGGGAGACACCUACAACCUGGCAACCGGCUGAGGAUUUCUGCAAGAACAAGGGAGGUCACCUGGCCAGCGUCCACUCACAGGUUGACGGACAAUUUUUGAUUGAUCACAUGCGAGGCUAUUAUAGUUGGCUGGGACUCAAGAGGAACAAUGGCAAAUAUGAGUGGAGCGACAGAUCAACCACAAAUGAUGUCCCGUGGUAUCCAAAUGGCAAAAAUGGUGACUGCGCCCAAUUGAUUUCUAGUGGUCAAGUUUACAUGGAAACAUGCAUUGAGCAUAGGCAACCCAUCUGUCAAAAAGGCAAGGCCAGAGAUUCCUUUGAGUAUCGUUUGGCGCCGACAUCAGAAUCAGGACCAAUCAUUCCUGAGCCAACAUGUUACGCAAAAGUCGGAUGGACUCCUCACGGCUCCCACUGCUACAAGAAGAUGGCGCCUACCAACGGUUGGCUGGGCGCUCGUUACGACUGCCUCUGGGAGGGCGGCGACCUUGUUUCCAUCACCUCCAAGGACGAGGAAGACUUUGUGAAGAAGCAAAUGGGCGACAAGCCGUUCUGGAUGGGACUCUCCAAUCUGAAGUGCGACGAGGACUGGUGUUGGUUUUUUGAAGCGGGAGCAAAGGAGCUGACGUGGUCCAACACCGGUGUGACGCCGGACUACACCAACUGGGACCCGCGUCAAGACGGACGCUCCAACGUUGCGUCCUGCGCCUAUGUCAACCAAGGUGUGUACCACCACAGUCAGCCUGGAAAGUGGAGACAUGGAUCGUGCCAAUCCUCCUUGGCAUACAUGUGCAAGUGGUCGCCCGACGACUGCCCGGACGGAUGGCCGUGUUCCUACAAAAACUUGGGUUACCGUUACAAUCGAGUUGAGACUUCCUUCUGUGACUCUGGCGACUUCCUGUACAAGGACUCGUGUUACCAUUUUGGGGAGACACCUACAACCUGGCAACCGGCUGAGGAUUUCUGCAAGAACAAGGGAGGUCACCUGGCCAGCGUCCACUCACAGGUUGACGGGCAAUUUUUGGCUGCUCACAUGCGACCAGGAUAUUGGUCUUGGCUGGGACUCAGGCGGAACCAAGGCGACUUGGAGUGGUCCGACGGAUCAACUACAUAUGACGCCCCGUGGUAUCGUCCGAAAUUUCCAUAUGCCUGCUCCAAAUUGACGACUGCUGCUGAAGUUUACAUAGACACUUGCAAUACCCUUCGUCCAUCCAUCUGUCAAAAAGGCAAGGCCAGAGAUUCUCUUCCGCCUCUCCCAGCGCCGACAUCAACAUCAGGCAAGAGCGCAAAGUGCGGCUGGUGGCAGGAAAACCCCGCCAACGACUUCUGCUACCUGAUCGACUCCAAGCCCACCAAGACCUGGGAGGAGGCGCGAGACAAGUGCGCCCGCCUCAGCGGCAACCUGCUCGGCAUCGCCGACUCCCAGGAACACGCCUUCGUCCAAGGUCUUCUGCCAAAGGCUUCCUCUGUGUGGUUGGACACCACGGUUGAAGACGGCAGCGAGCCGUCGGCCCAAUCCUCACCCAAUUCCGUCCAGUCGGCCGCCGCAGAUAACCCCGGUGACCCCUCCGGCCGACGCUGCAACUCCUUACUCGGUGGCGAGGGCGGCCGGGAAGUCGGCGAUUGCGAGAAGAAGCGCGGCUACGUCUGCAAGAGACGAGUCAUUCAGACAUGUGAUAGGACCAAAGGGUGGCGCCGCUUCGGCUCCAACUGCUACAAGAAGAUGGAGACCACCAACGGUUGGCUGGGGGCUCGUUACGACUGCGUCUCGGAGGGAAGCGAUCUGGUCUCCAUCGUCUCGCCUUACGAGGAAAUCUUUGUGAAGAAGCAAAUGGGCGACAAGCCCUUCUGGAUCGGACGCUCCAAUCUGAACUGCAACGAGACCUGGUGUCAGUUUUUUCAAGCGGGAGAAAAGAAGCUGACUAAGUCCGACACCGUUGUGAUGCCGACCUACGCCAACUGGUACUCAGGUCAAGACAGAAGCGCCGACGUUGCUUCCUGCGCGUACGUCAACCAAGGGGUGCACCUCUCCAGUCAGCCUGGCAAGUGGAGACAUGGCUCGUGCGGAUCCUCCUUGCCGUACAUGUGCAAGCGGUCGCCCGACGCCUGCCCGGAGGGACGGCUGUGUUCCUACAAAGACUACGGACUCGGCGUCAGUCGAGUGGAGACUUCCUUCUGCGACUCUGGCGAGUUACUGUACAAGGACUCUUGCUAUCACUUUGAGGGGAAGGAGCACACUUGGAAGGAGGCCGAGAAGUUCUGCCAAGACUGGAAAGGUCAACUGACCAGCAUCCACUCACUGGUGGAUGGCCAAUUCUUGGCUGCUCACGCGCCAUAUGUAAGAGGAUCGCAAUCUUGGGUGGGACUCAGGAAGAACACGGACGAGUUUGAGUGGAGCGACGCAACACCUGCAGACAAGAUCGAGUGGGUCCCAAACAAGCCGACCGGACGGGGUGACUGCGCUGCCUUGUCGGAGACUGGACAACUUGAGGCCUGGCCCUGCACCAAAAGUCAGCCAUUCAUCUGUAAAAAAGCCAAGGUCCGAGACUUUCUUCUUCCUCCGCCUCCAGGCUGGAGUGCAAAGUGCGGCUGGUGGCGGGACCGACCCUCCUCCGACUUCUGCUACCUGAUUCAACGCAAGCCCACCAAGACUUGGGAGGAGGCGCGAGAGGACUGCCUUCGCCACGGAAGCGACCUACUCAGCAUCACCGACUCACACGAACAGGCAUUCAUACAACUUACCUCCAAAGGUAUCUACACUUCUCUGCCAAGCGCUCCCUCUCUGUGGUUGGGCGUCAACAACGUCACGAAAGACGGCAGCGGGUGGACUGACGGAUCCCCGUUGGGUUACGUCGUCACGGACGGAGUUGACCCCGGCGACCUCUCUGCUGCGUCCUGUCUUUCCUUUCUCACAAGCAACGGCCGCUGGAAGUUUGACGAUUGCCAGAAGAAGAAAGGCUACAUCUGCAAGAAAAGAGGAAACAUUCCAGAACCGCCGCAGCAGCCUCAUGACGUAUUAGCCAAUCGUGAGUCACCAUGUGACACAGUCAACGGAUGGAGUUCUCACGGCUCCAAGUGCUACAAGAAGAUGGAGAAAACCAACGGGUGGCUGGGGGCUCGUUACGACUGCCUCUGGGAGGGCGCCGACCUUGUUUCCAUCACCUCCAAGGACCAGGAAGACUUUGUGAAGAAGCAAAUGGGCGACAAGCCCUUCUGGAUCGGACUCUCCAAUCUGAACUGCGACGAGGUCUGGUGUCAGUUUUCCGAAGCAGGAGAAAAACUGCUGACUUGGUCCGACACCGGUGUGACGCCACCCUACACCAAUAGGGACUCGCGUCAAGACGGAAGCUCCAACGUUGAGUCCUGCGCCUAUGUCAACCAAGGUGUGCACUCCUCCAGUCAGCCUGGCAAGUGGAGACAUGGAUCGUGCGGAUCCUCCUUGCCGUACAUGUGCGAGAGGUCGCCCGAUGACUGCCCGGAGGGACGGCUGUGUUCCUACAAAGACUACGGAUUGGGCUACCAUCGAGUGGAGACUUCCUACUGCGACACUGGCGACUUCCUGUACAAGGGCUCUUGCUAUCACUUUGAGGGUGUGAUGCAAACUUGGGAGGGGGCCGAGACAUUCUGCGGAAUAUGGAAAGGUCACCUGGCCAGUGUCCUCUCAUGGGACGAGGGCAAAUUCUUGGCUGCUCACGCGCCAUAUGCAGGAGGAUACCAAUCUUGGGUGGGACUCAAGAAGAACAAGGACAACUUUGAGUGGAGCGACGCAACACCUACAGGCAAGAUCGAGUGGCUCCCAGACAGGCCGGGAGGACGUGGCGACUGCGCUGCCUUGUCGCAGACUGGAAAACUUGAGGACCGGCCCUGCACCAAUGCUCGGCCAUUCAUCUGUAAAAAAGCCAAGGUCCAAGACUUUGUUCUUCCUCUGCCGGCAGGCUGGAGUGCAAAGUGCGGCUGGUGGCGGGACCGACCCUCCUCCGACUUCUGCUACCUGAUUCAACGCAAGCGCACCAAGACUUGGGAGGAGGCGCGAGACGACUGCCUUCACCGCGGAGGCGACCUGCUCAGCAUCGCCGACUCACAAGAACACACCUUCAUACAAGGUCUGCACACUUUUCUGCCGAGCGCUCCCUCUCUGUGGUUGGGCGUCAACAACAACAUCACGAAAUUCGGCAGCGGGUGGACUGACGGAUCCCCGUUGGGUUACGUCGUCAUGGACGGAGGUGACCCCUCUGGUGCGUCCUGUCUUUCCCUGCUCACAAGCAACGGCCGCUGGAAGUUUGACGAUUGCCGGAACAAGCGAGGCUACAUGUGCAAGAGAAGAGGAAACAUUCUAGAACCGUCGCAGCAGCCUCAUGACGCAUUAAUCGAUCCCAAGACAUCAUGUGACCCCAAAAACGGAUGGAAUCCUCACGGCUCCAACUGCUACAAGAAGAUGGAGACCCACAACGGUUGGCUGGGGGCUCGUCAGGACUGCCUCUGGGAGGGCGGCGACCUGGUCUCCAUCUCCUCGUUCUACGAGGAAAGCUUUGUGAAGAAGCAAAUGGGCGACAAGCCCUUCUGGAUCGGACUCUCCAAUCUGGACUGCAACAAGGACUGGUGUCAGUUUUUUGAAGAGGGGGAAAAGAAGCUGACUUGGUCCGACACCGGUGUGAUCCCGACCUACGACAACAGGGACUCGCGUCAAGACGGAAGCUCCAACCUUCAGUCCUGCGCGUACGUCAACCAAGGUGUGCACUCCUUCAGUCAGCCUGGCAAGUGGAGAUAUGGCUCAUGCGGAUCCUCCUUGCCGUACAUGUGCAAGCGGUCGUCCGACGCCUGCCCGGUGGGUCGGCUGUGUUCCUACAAAGACUACGGAUUGGGCUACCAUCGAGCGGAGACUUCCUACUGCGACCCUGGCGACUUCCUGUACAAGGGCUCUUGCUAUCACUUUGGGAGGAUGGAGCGCACUUGGAACGAUGCCGAGAAGUUCUGCCAAGAAUCGAAAGGUCACCUGGCCAGCAUCCUCUCAUGGGAUGAGGGCAAAUUCUUGGCUGCUCACGCGCCAUAUAUAGGAGGAUUGCAAUCUUGGGUGGGACUCCAGAAGAACAAGGGCAACUUUGAGUGGAGCGACGCAACACCUACAGGCAACAUCGAGUGGGUCCCAGACAGGCCGGCCGGACGUGGAGACUGCGCUGCCUUGUCGCAGACUGGAAAACUUGAGGACUGGCCCUGCACCAAUAUUCAGCCAUUCAUCUGUAAAAAAGCCAGGGUCCAAGACUUUCUUCUUCCUCCGCCGGCAGGCUGGAGUGCAAAGUGCGGCUGGUGGCUGGAGCGACCCUCCUCCGACUUCUGCUACCUGAUUCAACGCAAGCCCACCAACACUUGGGAGGAGGCGCGAGACGACUGCCUUCGCCGCGGAGGAGACCUGCUCAGUAUCGCCGACUCACAUGAACAGGCCUUCAUACAGAGUCUGCACACUUUUCUGCCGAGCGCUCCCUCUCUGUGGUUGGGCGUCGACAACAACGUCACCAAAGACGUCAGCAAGUGGAUUGACGGAUCUCCGUUCGUUUACAUCGUCAUGGACAAAGAUGACCCCGGUGAUCUCUCUGGUGCGUCCUGUCUUUCCUUGCUCACAAGCAACGGCCGCUGGAAGUUUGACGAUUGCCGGAAGAAGACAGGCUACAUCUGCAAGAAACGAGGAAACAUUCCAAAACCGCCGCAGCAGCCUCAUGACGUGUUAGCCGAUCGUCAGUCACCAUGUGACACAGUCAACGGAUGGAGUUCUCACGGCUCCAAGUGCUACAAGAAGAUGGAGAAAACCAACGGGUGGCUGGGGGCCCGUUACGACUGCAUCUGGGAGGGCGGCAACCUUGUCUCCAUCACCUCGUCUUACGAGGAAAGCUUUGUGAAGAAGCAAAUGGGCGACAAGCCCUUCUGGAUCGGACUCUCCAAUCUGAACUGCGACGAGGCCUGGUGUCAGUUUUCCGAAGCAGGAGAAAAACUGCUGACUUGGUCCGACACCGGUGUGACGCCGACCUACACCAACAGGGACUGGCGUCAAGACGGGAGCCCCAACGUUGAGUCCUGCGCCUACGUCAACCAAGGUGUGCACUCCUCCAGUCAGCCUGGCAAGUGGAGACAUGGAUCGUGCGGAUCCUCCUUGCCGUACAUGUGCGAGAGGUCGCCCGAUGCCUGCCCGGUGGGUCAGCUGUGUUCCUACAAAGACUACGGAUUGGGCUACCAUCGAGUGGAGACUUCCUACUGCGACACUGGCGACUUCCUGUACAAGGGCUUUUGCUAUCACUUUGAGGGAGUGAUGCAAACUUGGGAGGGGGCCGAGACAUUCUGCGGGAUAUGGAAGGGUCACCUCGCCAGUGUCCUCUCAUCGGACGAGGGCAAAUUCUUGGCUGCUCACGCGCCAUAUGUAGGAGGAUUCCAAUCUUGGGUGGGACUCAAGAAGAACAAGGGCAACUUUGAGUGGAGCGACGCAACACCUACAGGCAAGAUCGAGUGGGUCCCAGACAGGCCGGCAGGACGUGGAGACUGCGCUUCCUUGUCGCAGACUGGACAACUUGAGGACCGGCCCUGCACCAAUGCUCGGCCAUUCAUCUGUAAAAAAGCCAAGGUCCAAGACUUUCUUCUUCCUCCGCCGGCAGGCUGGAGUGCAAAGUGCGGCUGGUGGCUGGAGCGACCCUCCUCCGACUUCUGCUACCUGAUUCAACGCAAGCCCACCAACACUUGGGAGGAGGCGCGAGACGACUGCCUUCGCCACGGCGGCGACCUGCUCAGUAUCGCCGACUCACAUGAACAGGCCUUCAUACAAAGUCUGUACACUUUACUGCCGAGCGCUCCCUCUCUGUGGUUGGGCGUCAACAACAACAUCGUGAAAGACGGCAGCGAGUGGACUGACGGAUCCCCGUUGGGUUACGUCGUCAUGGACGGAGGUGACCCCGGCGACCUCUCUGGUGCGUCUUGUCUUUCCUUACUCACAAGCAACGGGCGCUGGAAGUUUGACAAUUGCCAGAAGAAGAGAGGCUACAUGUGCAAGAAACGAGGAAACACGCCAAAAGCGCCGCGACCUCAUGACGGCUUUAAGGAGAUCCUUGUUUGCAACAAGCAUUCUGCUGACCUCGUGUGUGAGGCUGAGGGUCAGAAGCAAAGCCGCAUCAGCAUCCAGUCCGCCUUUUACGGUCGGCGGAGUGACGACGUUUGCCAGGAGGACGCCGACUCAAACAACGACUACUCAUUCAACGACCACUCAUUCGACGACGACGACUCAUUGGAAAACGAGGACACCUGCUCAGUGGAAGGCAUCGUCCCUCGCUACAGGAAAAUGUGCAACAGCCAGCAGAAAUGCCACAUUGAGGUUUUGGAGGACAAGUCCUGCCCUGCCCCCUCCAACUAUCUGCAGAUGGUCUAUAGCUGUGAACAGAAAGUGUGUCUCGACAGUCUGGGCAUCGCCGACGGCAGCAUCGCAGACUCUUCCUUCAAAGCCUUCUCCUCAAUGGAAGACGCCACCCCAGAAAAAGCCCGCCUCAACGGGGAGUCCUGCUGGAAGCCGUCAAAAAAUGCCCUCGGCAGCUGGAUCCUGGUGAACCUCGGCUACACGAGAAAAGUGACUGCGAUCGUGACCCAGGGCUGUAAUAACACUGAUACUCACUCCUGGGACAUCCCACUUGAGAUGAGACUGAGCGUUAAUAGGAGGCAGUGGACCAAACACCCGGACGGGAAGUUCAUCGGCGGUGGGACUCAUCUGCUUGAGACGCCCGCGUUCGCUCAGUAUGUCCUCAUCCUGCCGCUGGAGAAUCGUCCAGAAUUUGGCCUCCGCUUUGACAUCUUGGGAUGCGCACAUGAAGAUGAGACGACCUGCGCCAGAAAGUUCAACAGCGUCCGCUUCACCGAUUCGAUGACUUUCUACUGUCCGCCCAGGUGUGGCAAAGAGGAACACUUUGUCGCUGGAACAUUGGUCUACUCGGAGGACUCGCACAUCUGCGCGGCCGCCAUUCACGCCGGCGUCAUCCGGAACCACAUCGGAGGAGAUUGUAUUGUGAUGAGAGCUCCCAAACAGCAAGUCUACACGGGCUCCACCGGGAACGGGAUCACCUCCGGACAUUUGAACGACCCGCUGGGUGUGUCUCACACGUUUGCGGACGGGGAGCCCAGAUGCGCAGCGCCUGACUGGGAGGAGUUUGCCGGGUUCUGCUACAAAACAUUUGAGGGCAAAAAGAAAUGGGAUGAUGCGCAACUCGUCUGCCGUAGUCUUGGUGCCGAACUGGUGUCCAUCCGCACCGAGGUGGAGCAGGCGUGGGUGAAAAGUGCCUCCCACCUUGAAACCAGCGACAUGUGGACCGGACUGAACGAGCUGGCGCUUCCCGGCACGUUGGUGUGGUCGGACCGCCACAAGGUGACCUUCACCCACUGGGCCGCGGGAGAACCCAUCCAGCGCGUCGGCCUCGACCAACACUGCGUGGCUAUGUUACGGCAGACUGGAAGAUGGAAGCGAAUGUCCUGCGCCCAAGUCAACAGCUUCAUGUGCAAAAUGCCCACAGCGCAUUUUCCAAUUGCCUCACCGGAGCCACAGGUGGCGCCGUAGAGUCCGCCUGGCUGUGUCAGUUCCCAACGGCCCAAGAGCCCAUGGAGAAAAUUGACAAUGCAAGCAAGUCAUCAUCGAAGACAAAGAUUGAAUGCCCUUCCUGCUGUGCUCUAAAGAAAUAGUAUCACCAUUGUAACAAAACCAAAAAAAGACAAAAAGACAAUAUCACUAGCUCAGGCCGACAACAUAUCCGAAGGUCUGGAGAGAGAACUUAUCAUAAGUGUUUUUAGCAUUUAGCUUAGCUGUUGUCAACCAACUAGAUGUCGUGUCCAGAUGCAAUGUGAACGAGCGAACUAUGUUCACUUACACUACUUGGUUUGUCCUUUUCUCAUUUUUUACGCGCUUGAAUUAACUUUGACUGCCUUUUCGUAAAGUUACUGGCUCAAAGAGCAAAACACAUUGUACACACAUUCCAGUGCUUUCAAAGAGCCUACUCGUAAGAACGGGAGAGACGAGAAUCGUCUCGAGGCUGGAAUGAAAGUCCAAAGUCGGUUAUUGCUAUCUUUCAUGGUUUUGUUUUUAUUCGUGUCGUGUGGUCUUGUCCUCAUCGCCUUUAAAAAGCGAGCCCGGACUUGGGAGCUUUUUGUUCGAAAGAAAAGCUUCUAUAGAAUGUAUGAUUAGAAAUAAUGAAUUUUGAAUCACUAGAGAGCUAUGUUACUGCCAAUGAUGUCUCCAACUGUAGAAAUGUCUCUGGGAGUAUUUUCCAUCAUUUUCUAUGGUCUCUUAGCGCAUCUACAAUUCACUGUCAAUUUAUAUCCAGUUAGCGCAUUUUGGAUUACUGAUUGCAAUUUUCGACUCCAUCGCUGCUGUCAGAAAAAUGUUGGUUUUUACUGUCGUUCCCUCUACGCUACGUUACCGCAUCUACAACUCACUGUAUAUCAUGUCGAUUUAUAUCCACUUUUUACAUUUUUUAAUUACUGAUUGCAGUGUUUUAAUUAUUUUUUUUUAAAUUAAUUUAAUUAGAAUUGGUUUUCACUGCUGUUGUAGAAAUUUCAAAAUAAAAGCUAUUGAUUACGA